AUGGCUUCGGCUGCCGCUCCUGCUCGUUCCUCCCUCGUGCUCCGCGCGCUGCUGCUGCUCGCGGCGGCCGUCGCCGGCGCACUGUCGGACCCGACGCCGCUCCAGGACUUCUGCGUGGUGGACCCGCAGGCCGCGGAGCUGGCGUGCAAGCCGCAGUCCGCCGUGGUGGACGACGACUUCUUCUCCCGCGCCAUCGCGUCCGCGGCCAGCACCGCGAACCCGUUCGGCGUCAACUCCACGCGCGCCACCGUGGCCACGUUCCCGGGGCUCAACACGCUGGGCGUCUCCAUCACGCGCGUCGACCUCGCGCCGGGAGGGCUCAACCCGCCGCACUCGCACCCGCGCGCCUCCGAGCUCGUCAUGGUGCUCAGGGGCGAGGUCAUGGUCGGCUUCACGUCGGGGGCCAACCGCCUCUACUCCAAGGUGGUCAGGGAGAACGAGCUCUUCAUCGUGCCCCGGGGCCUGCAGCACUUCCAGCUCAACACCGGCGCAGGCGAUGCCGUGUUCGUGGCCAUGUUCGACAGCCAGUCGCCCGGCGUGGUCACGCCCACGUUCGCCAUGUUCGCCACCAAGCCGGCCAUGCCCAUGGAGGUGCUCACCAAGACGUUCCUCAUGGGCGAGGACGAGGUCAGCGCCAUGAAAUCCAAGUUCGCCGGCUUCUGACAGUCAAUAUCAUCAAUCCAGCAGUAGUUCAGCUGCUAUAUAUCCCAUUCAGUCACGUCAG